AAAAUUGCAUCCCAAGUGUUUGUUUUAUUGUUUCUUACAAGUUUAAUUCAUUUUCUACACACUUUCUCUAAGCCUCUUAGUUUUGGUAAUUUUAGAAUCAUAGAUUUAUUUUUAUUUUCAGUUUAAUCCGAGCUUGAACUUCCAACACAACCACUAAUCAUACUCUUAAUUCAGUCCACACUUCCUUAGUAAAUAAUCCACACUUUAAUUCAAGACUUUCUUCUUUUCAAAAUUUCUUGUCACCAUAAAGGUCAAUAUUUUAUCUUGUGAUUAUAAAAGGUUUGCUUAAUUCCCAUUGUCCUUGUGAAUUCGAUCUUGGGAUUUACCUUUGUAUUACUUUGAUAGCUUCUACGCUUGGAAGACAAAAUUAUAAGCUAAUCAAGUUUUUGCCGCUGUUGCUGGGGACAACGGGUGUUUGUCAAAGCAUUCUCUUUCUCCUGAGAGGACGUUUGUGGAGCUGUGAACCUCUUUACAGCCUGAGUGAUAUCUUUACCUCUCAUUUUACUUGUUUACUUUUAUCUUGUUUUGUGCUGAAGUUGUAUGUCUGGUUGGGCUAGAGAUAGCAUAUAUGACUUGCUAGGACUGAAUCAUUGACCUCAUCAUUGAGUGCAUCAUCUAUUUCUCUUAAUUCAGCAUUUGAAUCAUCAUUUGACACUCAUAGUAACAUGGCUGAAGAAGAAGGACACAAUGAUAGGGAAAUAGUAAAUCCCAACGGGAUACGUAGAGAAUAUUUACAUCCUAUUAGGACCACCACUCCAUCAUGCAUUAUUACACCUUUGAAUGCUCAUAAUUUCAAUUUUAAACCUGGAAUGAUACCAUUAUUGCCUCAUUUUCAUGGGAUGGAUUCUGAAAAUCCCUACUUGCACCUCAAGGAGUUUGAGGAAGUUUGCUCCACAUUUUUGGAUCAAAAUUGUACUGAGAAGAUUGUUAGAUUGAAGUUGUUUCCUUUUUCUCUUAAAAACAAAGCAAAAACAUGGUUGAAUGCAUUGAGGCCAAGAUCCAUUGGAACAUGGCAAGAAAUGCAAGCUGAAUUCCUGAAAAAGUUUUUUCUAAUGCAUCGCACUAAUGCUUUAAAGAGACAAAUCAUGAAUUUUUCUCAAAAAGAAAAUGAAACUUUUUAUCAAAGUUGGGAAAGAUUCAAAGAUCUCUUAAAUGUUUGUCCACACCAUGGUUAUGAGAAUUGACGCAUUAUUAGUUUUUUUUUUUUAUGAAUCUUUAGUACCUAAGAUGCGACAAUUUGUUGAAACCAUGUGUAAUGGAGAAUUCUUUAAUAAGGAACCAGAAGAAGUAUUUGCAUAUUUUGAUUACUUGGCUGAAAACGCUCAAUCAUGGGACACUUCUUGUGUCUAUGAUAGAGCUGAACCAUUGAGGAUCGUAAGUGGGGGGAUAAAUAUGUUUUAAAUGAGGAGGAAGAUUUGAAAGCUAAAUUUGCCUUAUUGUUAAAAAAAUUGGAGGCGAUGAGUUGAAGAAAGUGCAUGAAAUUCAGGGCAUUUCAAAACAAGGAAAAUGUAACAUUUGUGAGGAUAUUAGCCAUGUAACAUUUGAAUGUCCUACUAUUCCAGCUUUAAAGAAGUUUUGUGUGAUGCUUCUCAUCCUGUUAACAUGAUUUCUAAGCCUUUUCCUGCACCAUAUUCUAACACUUAUAAUAUAGGUUAGAGAAAUCAUCCUAAUUUCAACUGGAGAAAUGAUCAUCCCACAAAUUCAGCACAUCCGGGAGCUGGUGCACCUCAAUAUUCAGUUCACACCUAGCAAAAUGCACUAAUUCCAACCCUAGAAGACCCAUGGAUGACCCAUUUCAACAAAUGACUUCUACUCUUCAACAUUUCAUGCAAAGUCAAACCACCAUAGAUAACCAAACUUCUCAAACCAUCAAUGACAUAAGGAAUAAUUUGACCAAGCUGAACACAACCUUGAGUAUGCAAGAGAAAGGAAAAUUCUCGUCUCAACCCCAACCAAAUCCUCAAGUCCAAAUUGCUGCCAUAGAGUCUUCAUCUUCUUCAGAAGCAAAUGUCAGGACUUGCAAGGCCGUAAUAACUCUCCGUAGUGGCAAAGAAGUUAAAACAUUGGGUAAUGAAGCUGGCAAGAAAGGUGAAAGUUCCAUUUCUAAUGCACAAAGUAAAAAUUCUGAUGUUGAUGUUUCUUUGGAACCAAAGGUAGCAAAAUGGACUCAUUGUGGCCACUCAAAUUCGAAGAUCUGCCAAUUCAAUCCACACACCAGCAACCAUCGGAUGAAGUUCCUCCAUCACCGAUUUUGAAACCACUACCUGAAUCGUUGAAAUAUGUUUUUCUUGGGUUAACUAACACUUUUCCAUGUAUUAUUUCAUCUUCUUUAUCAGUUGAGCAAGAGAAGCAACUCCUAUGGGUUCUUAAGCAACAUAAAGAAGCACUUGGAUGGUCGAUUGCAGACAUCAAAGGAAUCAGUCCCACCAUUUGCACACAUCGAAUUUUCUUGGAGGAGAAUUCAUCACCAACUCAAGAGAUGCAAAUGAGGUUGAAUCCUACGAUGAAGGAGGUGGUUAAAAAUGAAGUCUUGAAGCUCUUGGAUGUAGGUAUCAUCUAUUCCAUCUAGGAUAGUCAAUGGGUAAGUCCUACUCAAGUAGUUCCUAAAAAAUCUGGGGUUACAAUUGUGAAAAAUGAAAAAGAUGAGUUAAUCCCAACUAGGACCAUCACAGGAUGGUGCAUGUGCAUUGAUUUUAAGAAAUUAAAUGCUGUCACAAGAAAGGACCAUUUUCCAUUACUAUUUUUAGACCAAACUUUGGAAAGAGUUGUUUUCCACGAUAGGCCACGUUAAUACAACUAUGGAAAUGUUGUGAAAAUGACAUUUCCUAUUUCGGUUUUUGGCUUAAA